GGAAUUCCCCCAAUUUCGGGGAAGUUUUGGAGGCCCCUCCAACUAAACCGGGCGUUAGAGUUUUAUUCCCAAACCAAAAAUUUUAAGAAGUCGAAAACCCUCGGUCCCCGAUCCCCUCGCUUCUUCAGUCUUCAAUUCUUCAUCGUCCAACCUGUUGCCCUGCCCCUGUUCGCUACUUGGCUCGCUGGCGCUACCUCGCUCUCAUCUCAGUUUCAGUCUCUCUGUUCGCUCGCUGUCGCUGCCUCGCUGGCCGCUGGCAGCUGGCGCUACCUCGCUCUGUCUCUCAUCUCAGUCUCGGUCUCUCUUCGUACGGCUCUCGCUCGGUCAGACCCAGUGCCACAGCAGAGCAGCACAGAGUCACAGACCCAGUCCCUCUCGAUCUCGUCUCUCGACUCCCCUAGCGUGGCCCUUGUCUCUCCUUCAUCCUGCUAGUGCGUUUCUGCUUGCCAAGACCAGGGCAGCGAGCAAAUUACUACAACCAAGGGACACAUAAAGUGGCGCUUUCUUCUUUGAUGUGUGCUAUAUCGUUGUGUUCUAUUCCCUAAGGAUUUGAUUGACAGCACCAUCGACCCAAUGGGUGAAGUCGAACCCUUUUCAUAUCCUCCGAUUGACCCGACGAACUUCGAUCUUAUUAUAGUGGGCACUGGCCUAUCAGAAUCUGUUAUUGCCGCUGCAGCUGCAGCUGUUGGGAAGACUGUUCUCCAUCUUGAUCCCAAUUCCUUCUACGGCAGCUACUUCGCUACCCUGUCCCUAGAUGAGUUCACUUCUUACCUCAAUUCCCAUUCUGUACCUCGAUCAACCACUGCCACCGAUAAUUUGGGCAAUCAACAGGACGAUAGCAAUCACGUUGUCAUAGAGCUCAUUCAGCAAUCCUUGUUCUCUGAUGUGGAAGUUGUGUCUUGUGCUUCCGAGAAAGAAAGCUUACUACGAGAAAAUUCCAGAAAAUUUAAUCUGGAUUUGGGAGGACCUAGAACUCUAUUUUGUGCUGACAAAUCUGUUGAUCUAUUGUUGAAGUCUGGUGCUAGCCAGUAUAUAGAAUUUAAGGGCAUUGAUGCAAGCUUUCUGUACGAAGCAAAUAGGAAGUUGGUGAAUGUGCCAGAUUCUCGGGCUGCGAUUUUUAAGGACCGGAGUCUUACGCUGAUAGAGAAGAACCGGUUAAUGAGCUUCUUUAAACUCAUUCAGCGGCACUUGGCUGGUUCUUCGGAUAGUUACAAUGAUAGUGAUGCAGAUUCAAGGGUUGAUGGUUACAACAUUUCAAAGGAAGAUCAGGAGAGCCGAUUUGUAUGUUUCAUGGAGAAAAUGCGGUUGCCAUCAAAGAUAAAAUCGAUUCUUAUGUAUGCUAUAGCCAUGGUAGAUUAUGAUCAAGAGAAUAAUGAGCUUUGUGAUGAUUUACUCAAGACAAAAGAAGGAAUAGAACGCUUAGCUUUGUAUAGUUCAUCUGUUGGAAGGAUUCCCAAUGCUCCUGGUGCUUUGAUUUAUCCUAUCUAUGGUGAAGGAGAACUACCACAAGCCUUUUGUCGUCGCGCAGCUGUCAAAGGUUGCAUAUAUGUUCUCAGAAUGCCAGUUAUUGCUCUUCUUGUGGAUAAGGCUACUGGGCUUUAUAAAGGCAUUAAAGUAGCCUCAGGUCAGGAUUUAUAUAGCGAUCAGCUAAUCCUGGAUCCAUCUUUCACCGUUCCGUCACUAUUGCCUUCAUCUCCAACAGAUUACUCCAUAGAAAGGAUUCAUAUUUUAAGUCAGAGAGAAGUUAAAAAGAUGGUAGCCAGAGGCAUAUGUAUUACAGGGAGUUCCAUAAAGACAGAUGUGACUAAUUGCUUGGUGGUGUAUCCUCCUAGAUCUUUGUAUCCUGAACAACAUACAUCAGUCCGAGCUCUUCAGAUAGGAUCAAACCUUGCUGUUUGUCCUUCGGGCACUUUUGUACUAUACUUCUGCGCGGUUUGUAAAGAUGCUGAUGAAGGAAAGAAGUUACUACAAGCUGCCAUGAAUUCUCUUCUCGUGAUGCCUGUAUCUGGAAACGCUGAUAGUAUUUCAAGUGAUCAAACUGAGAGUGCAGAUAUAAAGCCCAUUGUGCUUUGGAGUGCAUUUUAUAUGCAGAAAAUAACAGAGGGUAAGUUUUUUGAUCGUAUCAGUUCCACUCCUACACCAGAUGGGAAUCUAAACUACAAUGACCUGUUAGAUGCAACUGAGAAGCUGUUUCGUCAAUUGUAUCCCCAUGAAGAAUACUUUCCAGAGACCAAAUCAUCUGAAGAAUCCAUAGACGAUAACGGGAUUACUAUGGAGAGCUAACAAGUGAGUGCAGCAAAUAAAUAAAUGCUCCCUGAUCUGUGAGAAAGAAAGCUGUAAUGAUAUAUGCGCAUGUCCUGGAGAUUUGGGAAGAUGGGAAAUCGAAGUUACUGAUUACGGCGAGAAUUGUAGCGCACAUAUUGUGAAGGAAAAAAGUCGUCUUACUAAAAAUUCGAGUGAGGGAUGUUCAUGCUUGUCCCAUCUUGAUUGGCAAGGUUUCAUCCCGGCAAAACAAAAAACCGACGGGAUAAAAAUUAUGUUCAGGACGGGACACGGUAUCAUCAACGAAUUGUCCCACCCUGCCAGAAUUUUUUUUUAUUAAUAUUUAAUACUUUAUUUAUUCAUUUAAAGUUGGAGUAUAUUUUUAUAAAUUUUUUUGGUUUAUGUUCUUUUCAUGUAACCAUGUACUUGCUAAAGUUAUAUAUAUAACUCAAUGAUUAUGUUAUAAUAUUUGUAGUUUGGAAGUCA